GGAUAGCGUUGCAGACACAAGCUAUUCCCCAAUUUAUCUCUGACUCCAAUUGACAACUAUAAACUGGAAGACCAGACAGAAUUCCUUGAUCGAGUUUUGAACGAAUCUUAGAAGUUUAGAAACAUGUUGCUUGUUCUGUUCAGCGUUGCGUGGCUAUCAAUUUGCAGCUAUAAACUUGUGUUAACUAUGACCAUAGUUGGUGUAUUUGAACCAGAUUAUCCAGUUGCAAAGGAAGUCGUGAACAAAAUGUUUGAUUCGUUUAUAAAGCAAGAAAUUCCUGAUGCAGAUAUUACGUAUGUUGGAGUAGAAAUAGAAGAUGGUUUAUCAGAAUCCGUUGUUUGCGAGAGGCUGACUAAGCCAAGUCCUACCGUUAUAAUAGACACGACUCGUAGACCCAGAGCAAUUGGAAAUAGAGCUGGGACAUUAGUCAAGAAAGUAGUUCGGAAAAUGGGUAUUCCUACUGUAAGUGCAACAUACGGGAAAAUGAAUGGCAUCAUGGAAUGGGAAAAUUUAAGCAACACGGAAAAACAGUAUCUUGUACAAAUACCGCCUCCAGGUUACAUCAUCACUCAAGUGGUUCGAGACAUUGCUUCGCACCAAAACAUGACGACGACAGGCGUGCUUUUUGACGAAAGCAUUGAGCUGGAUCAAAAAUCUUCCACUUUACUUCAAAACAUUGCAACGCGUGCAACAAUCCUCAAAGUUCAACCGAAUCGACAAAAAAUCCAAGAGCAAAUUUUGAAAAUGAAAGGAAGCGAUACCGCUUAUUACUUCGUCAUUGGUCCAGCAGAGACGAUAAAUCAAGCUUUGGAUGUUGCAGAAUCUAACAAUAUGACGGGACGAGAAUAUUCAUGGUACUUAGUAUCUUUAGAUCCCACAGAGCCAAAUUGCAAUUGCAAAAAAAUGGCUGCUUUAUGGAUGCUUCCUCGACCUAAGCCUAAUCAAAAAAAGAAAGCAGAAACUUUGGCUCGAACAUUUGAAAUUAAAUCUGAGGUUGAAGUUUCCUUUUAUUAUGAUCUAGUUUUGCUCGUAGUGAAAGCUAUUAAGUCAUCUGUAGAGAAAGGAAUGUGGCCAAAUCAAAUACAGUACCCAUCUUGUAAUACUCAAGUGAAUCCUGAAGACAGGAAGGACUUCAAACUUCUAAACGCUCUCAAACAGCAAGCUCAUGAUGGAAUAUUUGGGCAGUUUGUAAUUAAAGAAACAGGUGGUAGUUACCAAGAAUUAGAAUUAAUAUUGCGAAAACUAACAUUUAUCGAUAAUAAAAUCACUCAACCAAAAAGGAUAGGUGAAUGGACUUAUGGACAACCCACAGGGAAAAUUAAAUUCCAGCAAGGGUAUGAUCUGAAGAAUUUUACGGCAGUUACAAUAUAUCACGUCACGACACUUGAGAUUCCUCCAUUUGUUUAUAAACAUGUCGAUGAAAAUGGAACAGUAACGUUCAGUGGAUAUUGUGUUGAAUUAUUAGAUGAAAUCAAAGAAAUUUUAAAUUUUGAUUAUACGAUAUCCGAAACAAAAGAUAAUAAGUUUGGAACUAUGAAUGAUAAGCUAGAAUGGGACGGAAUGAUUCGAGAUCUAGUAGAUAAAAGAGCAGAAAUCGCUCUUGGCCCAAUUUCGGUAAUGGCUGAGAGAGAAACAGUUGUGGAUUUCACAGUCCCCUAUUACGAUUUAGUGGGGAUAAGCAUUCUAAUGAAGAAGCCGUCAGUUCCGUCAUCUCUUUUCAAAUUUCUCACAGUACUCGAGGCGAAUGUUUGGGCCUGCAUACUCGCUGCCUAUUUCAUAACGAGUUUCCUGAUGUUCAUGUUUGACCGUUUGAGCCCAUACAGUUACUACAACAAUAAAGAAAAAUACAAAGACGACGAUGAAGAUGAAAAACGAGAUUUCAGUUUGAAAGAAAGUCUCUGGUUCUGUAUGACGUCUCUUACUCCUCAAGGUGGUGGAGAGGCGCCUCGAAAUCUGUCAGGAAGACUAGUGGCUGCAACUUGGUGGUUGUUUGGAUUUAUAAUUAUUGCAUCCUACACAGCUAACUUGGCUGCUUUUUUAACCGUCUCACGUCUCGACUCGCCAAUCGAGUCUUUGGAUGAUUUAGCAAAACAAUAUAAAAUAAAAUACGCGCCCCAAGAAAGCACCUCAGCUGCGACUUAUUUUGAACGUAUGGCCUAUAUUGAAGAAAAAUUUUACGAAAUAUGGAAAAACAUGUCCUUGGAUGAUUCGCUAAAUGAAACGGAACGAGCGAAACUUGCAGUAUGGGACUAUCCUGUUAGUGACAAAUACACAAAAAUUUGGUGGACAAUGAAAGAAACUGGGAUGCCCAAAACAUUUGACGAAGGAAUCGAGAAAGUUUUGGCAUCCAAGGGAUCCCAAGAAGGAUUUGCUUUCAUAGCGGAUUCUACUCAAGUUAAAUAUGCUGUGAUGAUCAAUUGUGAACUUAUUGCUGUUGGAAGUGAAUUUAGUCGUAAACCUUUGGCUUUAGCUGUUCAACAGGGUUCACCUCUGAAAGACCAACUUUCUAGUGCCAUUUUGAAACUGUUAAAUCAAAGGAAGUUGGAAGGUUUAAAAGAGAAAUGGUGGAACAAGAAUCCAUUUAAAAAGGAAUGCGAUGACAGUGAGCAGCAGAGUGACGGUAUUAGCAUAGCAAAUAUAGGUGGAGUUUUCAUCGUCAUCUUCAUUGGCGUAGUUCUGGCGGUGGUGACUCUCAUAGUAGAAUACUUUUUGUACAAAAAGAAAAAACGUACUCAUACUCGAGUAGUGAGUGUUGAUAGAUAUCCAAAGGAUGAUAAAUAUCCAAAAGACAGACACAGAAGGAGGUAAACGCAUUUAAAGAAAAGGUAUAUCAUACUGAAUACAAGUGUAAACCGAAAAGAAAGUUCUCGAAAAUCAUUUCAUCCAGCCGUUACAAAUUAUGGCAGUAAUCAUUUCAUCGGCAUAUUUCAAAAUCGAUUUGCACCAGUACUGUGCAUCUGAUCAGAAUUUCUGUGUUUUACAUCAAUGAAUCAUUGCAUUUCACGUAUACAGAAAUAAUUCAGAAAGAUCCCACUAAUCCAGAUAUAUGAAAACUAUGUAUUUAAAAUCAAUGAGAAAUGGCUUGCAAUCGGGCUUAAAAAGCUGAAAAUAUGCU